AUGGCCCUGCAGUCCGCAUCGACCAGCAUGCAAGAUGUGGAGUUGUCACCCGAGUCUUUCACGGGGUGUAUUGUAUGCAUCCAGGUGAUGAGUGGAUCACUUGAUGGGUUCUUCAUGUUUGUCUAUUUGGCAGUGUUCAAUACUGCGGAUUCUGGCAUUCUCUCAGUCUUCAUUCCUCCCAGUCGUUCUGAACUAUUCCAGCUUCAGCAUACCCGCUUGUUCAAUUUGUUUUAUAUCGAAGCCUCCAAUCUUGCCUCUGUGCGUUCCGUACUCAAUGCAGCAACUCACUCCGGGUAUCGCGCGUCGACUGACCAUGUUGAUAAAGCCAAUUAUGAUGCAUUGCUCUCGCGAUGCCCUGUGUCCCGGGUUGUCUCGCAGUUGUGUGCAUUCUUCAAAAGUGGUCCUUAUCAAGGUGAUCCAUGCUUCGUCAAGUUCAUAGACACGGACAAAGUUGCAACUGUUUGGUGUCUCCCCCGGAUCGACCUAGGAGAUCCACCCCAUCCAGAGUCCGAGGGCUUCCAGGCGGUUGGCAGAGCCAAUGUGGUUGUGGAGGAGGAGGCUCGCGAUGAAGACGAAGAAGAGGCUGGCGAGAAUGAGGACGGACCUGUGGCCAAUGAGGAGGCGCAGGUUAACAUGGCCGCUCAACAGACCAGAAGGCAGCACCGCUCCAAUGGUGCCCACCCUCCCUGCACCCCCUUUGUGCCCCACCGAGUCGCUCGCCAUUACGGCCGCAAGGCUCUUGUUCGCGCCGAUGGGCAGAUAACUGACGUGGAUGAUGGGCAAGGAGGGCUGCUGCAGCAAGCAGUUCACCUGGGUGAUCUGGGCACUGAACUGUGCUUCAGCUACACGCUGUACCUUGCCAGUUUGACUGCACCUCAGAUCCCUCAGCAGUCAGCGGACAAUUACUUCCUCUCAUACUACUCCCGAUCCCUCAGAGCUGGCAAUACCGUUACAAACACCGCUGGAGAACAACAGGGUGCCGUGGGUCGGAUUGUCUCUAUUUCCGAGGACACUGCUCUCGUUGAGCUCAACUUUGUCAGCAUGUCUACUCAAAUUCCCCUCAGUCACCUCCGCAGACUCUUCCACAUCGGCAACACGGUCGCUGUGACGAUGGGGGUGAACAGAGGACAAGUGGGUACUGUAACAGCAGUGUUUGACAAGGAGAUCACUAUCCUAUCCCUGUCUUAUGCAGAAGAGCUGACCAUUGAUGCACGACUGGUUGCAUUUUGUGAGCCUCUGGUCUGUGCCGCCAAGGCCCCCCCCUCAUUGUCUGAUCAUCUCAUACUCGCGCCCAAUCUCAACCCCACAAGCAUUGAUCCAGCUCUGUUGGCCAUUCGGACAACAUCUGAUCUACGUGCUCGUCGAGAUCUCUGCAUCAGCAAGCGCGUAUCUAUCAUCAAAGGGCCGCAUAAGAGCUACAAAGGUCUCGUGAAGAGCUCCUCCACAAACAAUUUAUUCGUCAUUGAGCUUGACGCGCUGAGGUGCUUGUAUUGUACUGUGCAAUGGAAGCAUCUAGCGCUCAUAUGGGAAAACGUACUCGUACCCCUAGAUCCAGGGCUGAAUGUGACAAUUCCCAACAUUGCGGCAGCAUCUGCAGCGGCCCGUGAGCGGACCCCUGAGUACAGAUCAGAGAUUACUGCUGGGCCUUCUACAUUUGCAGACAUCCCCGUCAAAAAUGCAGUGGAUGCUUCGCACUCAGGCGCCAAUCUUGCGGAGGCUCCACCUACAGAUGCCAAAAUCACCCAGGCUGAGAUAGCUAAGGAAAAGUGGUUCUUCAAGUUCCAUGAGGGGGCAUGGGAGAACCUGGUGAUGAAGACUGUCAUGCCCCUUGCACUAUGCACCGUUGACUACUGGGCCGGGGUCAAGCUGAUCAGCGUGGGCUAUCCUCUAUGCACCAUAGAUAUGCCCAUUGAGUAUCUCGGUACCUUCUUGGGCAACAAAGGCAAGAAAGUACUCAGCAUUCAAGGAGCAUACAAAGGGUUUUGGGCAAAGUGA